UAACAGGAAAUAACAUUUUUCUACUUUCGUUAUCUCAUCUUUGGACUUUAUACCAUGCUGUAGAUUGCUUGAUAUAUUUUGCGAUAAACGGUUUUUCAACUACAUCAAGAAUAACGUAGAAAUAAAAGACAAUUCUUUGAAGAAUGGCAGAAGCAGACCCAAUCCAACAGUUGGAUAGCAGGGAAAUCUCUAUCUUUGCCGGACUGACUGAUUGUCCUAUAUGCUUAAAUCAGUUAGAGUGUCCAAAAUCACUUCCAUGUCUCCAUACCUUUUGUAAAGAAUGUCUCGAUACUUUUAUAGUGAAGCAUGCUUCUGACACGACAUCAGUGCCAGUGAGUUUCCCGUGUCCGAUGUGUCGGAGGGAGACUCAACCUGUUGACGCAUCUGUGAGUCGUACUAGAUGGGCAGAACAAUAUCCAAAAAACAAUCUGAUAUUGGCCAUUUUGGAUAUGAAGGAUUUACAGUUGUCCAAUAAGAUUUGCAAACCGUGUCAGAAAAAGCACAAGCUGGAGAAAGAAGCCACAGUUUGGUGCAGAAAUUGCAACAUGUUCCUUUGCGAUGAUUGUAGAAUAGAUCAUGAUUUUUAUAUUGAGGGACAUACUAUUUUGACGUCAAAAGAGGUAGAAACUGAUCCAACGAAAACUAUAAUUAUUUCGACAAAAUGCGAGAGUCAUGAAGAAACGAUGAAGCUGUUUUGUCGAGACCACGAGGUCGUUUGCUGUUCUACAUGUGUUGCUGUUGAGCACAGAAAAUGUGACAAUGUCGUAACUGUAAAGGAACAGGCAAAGAAUCUGAAGGAAAGAAAACAGGCCAUGCCAAUUCUGACAAGCAUGAGUAAAGACAUACGCACUUUAGACGGAUUGCUGAAUGAUUCACAAACCAAUAUUGAUGAGCUUUUAAAUGACAAAAAGGGGAAGAUUAGUGAUAUGUCACAGUUCCGCAAGCAAAUUGAUGCACGUUUAGAUUAUUUACAGAAAGGCGACGCGGAAAGAUUGGAAGUAGCCGUGGAAAAACAGCAAGUUGGCAUCAAAUCGAGAAUGAAAUCCGUAAACAAUUUAAAAUCUGCCAUUGAACAAUCUCAGAAGCAGAUCAGAGCUGCAGAAAUAUGCUUGGAUGAUGCUCAGCUUGUUAUGACUGUACAGAAGGUAUCCGCAGCAAGGGAAGCGUAUCAGCAGAUGGUUGAGGAAAACGUCUCACUGCAGAAGCGACACAAGAUCGAUGUACACAUGAUCGAAGCUGUAAAGGGAUUAUUUGAUAUGUCAACUCUGAUCAAAGUAGACGAUGAAUCUAGAAUAGCGGUGGAUCCAUUCAAAUGGUGCAAAAAAGCGAGGCUAACACACAGGAUUCAAAUGACACCCAAUUCACGUACGACAGGCAUUCUUUAUCUUGGGGCUGACAGCAUUGUGACAGUAGAUUACAAUAAUUGUAUGCUUAGUUGCCAUUCAACUGGAGGAAACCUGAAAUUUCAUCUCAAACUAGAGGAAAAACCAUGGGAUGUAUGCAAGAUGGAUGACAAUGGCAUAGCUGUGACAAUUCCAGGAAAGAAAAUAAUCGCUCUGGUGAAGGUGAUGGAUAAUGACUUUUCUGUGACAGGAAACAUUCAAGUAAAAAGAAAAUGUUAUGGGAUCGCAUGUAUAGAAAAAAGGUUUGUUGUAACGUGUGCAAAUGACCAAGAGGUGUUAGUAUUGAGCUCUUCCGGUCAAAUUCUGUGUAACAUUAUUGGGAACAGCCAUAUGUGGCAUGCAAUUUCUGCAAAAGGAAGCAAAAACUUCAUUGUUAGUGAAAGACGUGGGAACCAAGGGAAAAUCACGCUACACAGACUUGACGAGAAGAAAACCAUGAGUAGUUUUUUUCAGAGCGAAUCCGUUUCUGGCGGUAGGGGAAUGGGCGCCGACGAAUUUGGGAACAUUUAUGUGUGUGCAAUUGAUGACAAUAGUGUGUUGAUGGUGUCACCAACAGGACAAAGCAAAAGCAUCUUGUCUAAAGAAGACGGACUGAAUCAACCGUGUGCUAUCGGUGUCCAUGACGACAAAAUUAUUGUCUUUGAAGAAGGAAAUGUCGUCGGCAAAGUAUUCCAGUUGCUUGCGUAAAUUCAAACUAUAUGCAUGCGGUAAUCCAAUUUGUAUUACUUCGUAUUUUAUGGUAUAAAAGUAGAACCCGAAAUGGCCUUUCCGGUUUUAUCAUCCAUACUAAUACUAACAAUAUCCAACAAAUAUUCUGAUAUUCGCUAAUUGGAUAUGAAGGCUUUUAAAUUGUCCAAUAAAAUGUGUAUACCAUGUAAAAAAAUCACAUGAUUCCAAUGCGAAUAGCAUGACGUUUAUAGUGACGGACAUAUUGUUUCGGGGUCAAAAGAGAUAACCGGAUCGGACAAAUGUGAGAGUCAUGAAGAAGCUAUUUUGUCAGGACCACAAUGUCGUUUGCUGUUCUACAUGUGUUGCUGUUUGACACAGAAAAUGUGAUAAUGUAUAUUACUGUAAAGGAAUAGGCAAAGAAACUGAAUGAGAGCAAGGAAACUAACUUCUGACAGGCAUUAGUCCAAGGACAUACGCACUUUAGACGAAUUGUUGGAUGAUUCACAAACCCAUAUUGAUGAGCUUUCGAAUGACAAAAAGAGAAAAAUGAGUGAAAUGGCCCAGUUACGCAACCGCAUUGAUGCACGUUUAGAUUAUUUACAGAAAUGCGACGCGGAAAGAUUGGAAGUAGCCCUGGAAAAACAGCAAAUUUACAUCAAAUCGAGAAUGAAAUCCGUAAAUAAUUUAAAAUCUUCCAUUGUACAAUCUCAGAAACAGAUCAGAGCUGCAGAAAUAUGCAUGGCUGAUGCUCAGCUUGUUAUGACUGUACAGAAGGUCUCCUUUACAAGAGAAGCGUAUCAGCAGAUGGUUGAGGAAAACAAUACUUGUUAUCGCUAUUUCUCAGAAAGAACUGGAGGGAUAUUUCUCAAAUGGGACAUGUAGAUUUCUCUUGGCCGCUAUAUAUGCACGCGUACGUUUGAGACUGAUCUUAAAAUCAAAAUGGCCACCGGCAACAAUCUUGGUUUUUUACAGUUAAUAUUAGUUUUCUCUAUUUCUCAGAAAGUACUGGAGGGAUCUUCUUAAAAUUGAAUGUUAGUUUCCCUUGAUCCACUCGUUUAAAAUACUCCCGGUCUUAAUGAUAAUUCAUCCUUCAUUGAAAGCACUGAUUAACAUAAGCUGUAAUUUGACACGGAGUUGUUGGGAAGGGUAACAUAACCUGUAAUUUGACCCGGAAUUGUUGGGAAGGGUAAUAUUACCUGUAAUUUGACCCGGAGUUGUUGGGAAGGGUAAUAUAACCUGUAAUUUGACCCGGAGUUGUUGGGAAGUGUAAUAUAACCUGUAAUUUGACCAAGAAUUGUUGGGAAGGGUAAUAUAACCUGUAAUUUGACCCAGAAUUGUUGGGAAGGGUAAUAUAACCUGUAAUUUGACCCGGAGUUGUUGGGAAGGGUAAUAUAACCUGUAAUUUGACCCAGAAUUGUUGGGAAGGGUAAUAUUGCCUGUAAUUUGACCCGGAGUUGUUGGGAAGGGUACAUAACCUGUAAUUUGACCCGGAAUUGUUGGUAAGGGUAAUAUAACCUGUUAUUUGACCCGGAGUUGUUGGGAAGGGUAAUAUAACCUGUAAUUUGACCCGGAGUUGUUAGGAAGGGUAAUAUAACCCGUAAUUUGACCCGGAAUUGUUGGGAAGGGUAAUAUAACCUGUAAUUUGACCAAGAAUUGUUGGGAAGGGUAAUAUAACCUGUAAUUUGGCCCAGAAUUGUUGGGAAGGGUAAUAUAACCUGUAAUUUGACCCGGAGUUGUUGGGAAGGGUAAUAUAACCUGUAAUUUGACCGGGAGUUGUUGGGAAGGGUAAUAUUGCCUGUAAUUUGACCCGGAGUUGUUGGGAAGGGUAA